CGGGCUCAACAUCGUGGGAUGAUGUAAACUUCCGGUAUCCCUACUUGGAUAAAGAAAAUAUUUAACAUGAUCUUGAACAAAGCAGUUAAAGUCUGAUUGUGAUUAGAGGCAAAGCGGCGGUUGGUUUGGAGACGCCAUUGCAAGGUUGUGGAUGAAAAAAUGUUAGUGUGAUCAAGAGGUUCUGACAGAAUGUCGAGUGAACAGGUGGAAACCUUAAGCUGGUUUCAUCCUGGUUGUGACCGCCACACUGCGGAGAGUCUACUGCUACAGAAUGGAGUGGACGGAACAUACCUCCUCCGACCUAGUUCUAAACCAGGCGACUAUGCUCUCUCUGUCAGGUGUGAUUCAUCGGUGAAGCAUUACCCCCUGACAUGGACAGGGACUAAUUAUAAAUUCGGGCAUGGAGAAUUUGAGAGUGUUCAAGAUCUACUACACCACUUUCAGAAUAAACCCUUAAUUGGGUCUGAGUCAGGUCAGUUGACCCUGUUGAAUUACCCCUACCCUCGAGUUAUCGAUGAGCCCAAUAUGUACGACACUAUUCGAGUCCACGCUGAGUUCAGCACGGCUGACGACUACACACGGGGACCCGAAUUCUCAAUCAACUCAAAGGAAGGAUUUUUAACAAAACUAGGAUCCACCUUUAAGACAUGGAGGACUAGAUGGUUUGUGUUACAAAAAAAUGAGCUCCGAUAUUACAAACAUAAAACAGACAAAACUCCGAUCCGGGCAUUAAAUCUAGAUGAGUGUUCUGAGUGCCAAAGAGACGGCUCGCAUAAGGGGAAAUUCAAUGUUUUCAGAGUGGUGUUUAAAUGGCGGACAUUCUACAUGUAUGCCACAACGGAACAAGAGUGCAAUGACUGGAUCUCUCUAAUUAAUUGGCGACUGACAAAACACUUGCAUAGUAAAACUUCAUUCCGAAUGAAGGAGACAUGAAGUCCGGUCAUAAGAGACAAUCUUCGGCGGCUGUGUGACCUAAGGACAUCGUAAAGCUCACCCACCAAUUAGAACAGCUGACCAAAACACGCCCACCAAUCUCCUGACCUAGAUAUUGUCAAGUGGACCUGGGUAAUUUUAAUGUAGAAUAUGUAUUAGCAAUAUUAAGGAGAAAGAGAUUUUUUCAAUAGACUUACAUACACAGACUAUACAAAGAGAUCAUUCAGUUGUUUAUUAAAAUAAUUGAAAUGUUGUUAACUAUUAAUAAUAUUUUCACAAGGCUGUAUCACUUUUUUUGUAUGAUAUGCAUUUACAUGCACAAGUUUAAUAUGUAUUUAUAUUCAAAAAUGUAAAUUUUGAUAUUAAGUAUUUUAAAAAUCUUAUCUCUUACAAUGUGGGUAAAAUAGAUUUAAUAUAUUUAAUUGUACAUCAGUAAUACAAAUGUAUGUGUGAACUAUUUAUGUGCAUUAAACUAGAAACCAAAUGUAUGUUAGAAGAUACACAAUCAUGUGGUACAUUAAAAAUGUAUGUGCUUUGCUUUAAAUCCUUUUUCUCACAUUUAGGUUUGUGCAUUUCUUGUUUGAUGCAAGAAGAUCUUUGAGCUCAAGGUUGCUUUGAUUUUGUUAUUUUUUUCCUUUUUAAACUGAUUUAGUUUACAUAAGCUUUAAAAGUUGAAGGUAUCAAUGACAAUCUAUAAGAUGACAAAAUGGAACUAUUCUCUUUGCAUCCCGUUUUAUUGUUGCAAUUCUUUUUUUUACACCUUUGUGCUUUAAUUGUUGAACAAAUAAGUUGGUUGUCACAGAAAUGGUUCGGUCCUUCUGAUUGUAAUAUUAAGUCGAGGAAUCAAAACACAGACAAAAUAUUGCUGAUUAUCAUGAUGUCUGAUGAUAAUCAGUAGAUUUGUCAAUAUUAUGUAGCUUUUCUUACACAUUUUUGCUUUGGUGAACAAUUAAUUACAAAACUUUCUCUGUAUAGUGACGCUGCAUCCAAUUUUCAUGCAGGUGUUUAAAAAAGAUUAUAUUAAGAAUGCCUAGCUUUUUAACCAUAUUUGAAACAAUUAUUUUACCUCAUGUUAAGAGAGCAUUAAUAAAGGCUAAUAUUGAUUUAUGUAUAAUGCACAUGUAUAUUGCCCUCUUUGAAAUCAUGACCAGAUAUUGCCCUCUUUGAUAUCAUGACCACAUAUAUUGCCCUCUUUGAUAUCAUGACUACAGUUAUUGCCCUCUGUGAUAUCAUGGCCAUGCCUACAGAAGUGAAUGUUGUUGAUAUGUGUACUGGAGAGUUUGAUAUGUAUUUACAUUAGCCAUAGGUUGUAGCUGUUUUUGUAGAAGUUUUGUAUGUUUUUCCAUUGUGUUUUAAUUGUGUUUGAUUGCAGCUACAUUUGAAUUUUUUUUGGUAAAGCUUUGAAUGGUGAAAAAAUCACCAUUUUGUUUCCUCUUUUUUAAUCUCUGAUGCAUUGGGCGGAUGUUGUUUUGUCAAUUUUUUUUUCAUCUUGUAACAUGUAAACAGUAUUAUCUUAGAAGAGAUCCCAUAUUAAGUCUAUACUUCCUUUGAGAGCAUAUUUCUACCUAAUGGUAAAUCAAGUACUAUACUUGCUCAAUGGUUUAUUUUUUCAAGCAGCCUUUAGCUGUUGCAUUAUAUAUACACAUAGAUAUAUGUCAAAAACAGCUUUGUUUUUUAUAUUAUGAUUUUUUUGUCUGAUGAAUAUUUUAAACUGCAAAACUCACUUUCCAUAUUUUAAAACUUGUCUAUUUCAAUUAGAUUUAAGUGGCUGCGUGUUUUUCUAUUUUAAUUACAAUCAUUAUAGCACUUAAACCGAUAUUGUGUGAAAUUCACUGCAUUUUAAAUUUUGAAUUAAUUUUUAAUCAGCCAUUUUUAAACUUUUAAGUUUUUAUUUUGUAAAAUUUCAUAAUGACAUGCUCCCAAGAUUUCCUAAUUGAAUUUUAGAAUCGAUUCUUAAAUGGCAUCUUUCUCUAAUUUGAAAUUAAUGAAGGUUAGACAUAUCUUAUUUCAUAUAUGAACCAAUUUAUCUGGAAUGAACCCAUAUUGUAAUCAUGUAAAUUUGCAGAGUUGAUCUUUUUAGAUUUGGACAUAUUUUGCUAAAAAAUUCAUUAAAAGAAUACUACAUUACAAAACAACUGUAUAACUUUGUACAUGAAAUACUUAACAAAAAUCACCCCCAAGACAAUUUUUUUUUUUUUGUAAAAUAACAUUAAAGAGGGUUCGAUGAUGGAGGCCAUUUUUAGACUAUAAUAACCUCCUGGAGAUAAAAGAGCUUUGUACAAAGAUAAACAAAAAUGUUAAAAUUUUAUAAUUAAAAUUUUGGUUUUUUCUUUUCUGAAUACUUUAUGGCCAAAUUUUUGGUAGUUUGUUGAUGAACCAGCCCCUCUAAAGAUGUAAGACUUGAUUUAAAAAAAUGAUCACCAUUAAAUUUACACUGUAAGUUUGGAGGUAGCAUUCACCUAAUUAUUGUGACGCAGUAAUUAGGUGACUGCUACCUUCAUACCAAGAGAUGUUUUCAUUAUAUGAAUACCUCUAUUUGCCAUUUUUACCAACUCUCUGCCAAUAUUUUACAUUUUUUUACUCUAUGUGAAUUGAACAAAUUUACAUGUAGGUAUUUGAAUUUUUGAAUUUCUUUCCAUAAAAUAAAAAAGCAUUGCUGUAUGAAAUGUUCUGAAAGUUUGGUAUAGAUGAUCAAUAUAUAUAUAUUUUUAAAACAUUAUUUUAAACAUGUAAGGUUUUAUUUUAUUAUUUUUGAACUGGUGUUCAAUGUAGCUCAAGUUAGUAGAAAACAACCCAUGAAACUUGCAAUAUGUAUUCUUGUGCCUAACAAAUUCCUAGUUUCUCUUUCAUUUAUGUGUUAUUAUUUUUCUUUGUUUUAAAAAAAAAAUGAGAAAUAAAAUGUUUCAUUUCACAA